AGUCCAUAGAAAUUAACCUCUUAGUGUGUAAUAGUUCAGUAAUUGAUUUUCUGUACUUAUUAAUUAAUAAUAAAGUUAUAAAAUUUACAUAAUUUAUUAUUAAAUAUUAUAUUAAAGGUUAAUAUAUAUAUAUAAUAGAUUCCAUUUGUGUUUGAAUAGAAGAAGAAAGAAACAACGGUAGGAAAGAAAGAAUUUUAGGUUGAAAAUGUCUAGCACAUCACAGAAACAUAAAAAUUUUGUGGCCGAGCCAAUGGGAGAAAAACCAGUCACUGAUUUAGCUGGAGUCGGCGAAGUUCUUGGAAGAAGAUUGGAAGCGGCUGGUUUUGAUAAAGCAUACGUAGUACUUGGGCAAUACUUAGUUUUGAAGAAAAAUAAAGAGCUGUUUCAAGAGUGGAUGAAAGAUGCUUGUUCGGCUAAUGUAAAACAAUCGAACGACUGUUAUCAGUGUCUUACAGAUUGGUGCGAAGAAUUCUUGUAAAUUAUUAAGAUAAUGAAUGUUUUUAAAGUAUUAAUGUUAUGUGAAAAGUACGUUAACAUCGAAGAAUAUUUUCUAACUUAGCGUGUAGAAUUCUUUUCACAUAUAUUACAAUGCUCUUUAUAUUUUUGCAAAAAAUGAACAAAGGUUUUAAGGCGACUAUUUUAUACUUCGCACUUUUAUUAUUGACAUUUAGAAAAUAUAUAAAUAUAUAAAAAUAUGAU